AAAAUCGAUGGGAAAAAAAAAACACGCACAAGAAAACAUAUUUGAAGAGGUUUGCUUUAUUUCUCUCUGUCGGCUUCAGCUUCUUCUGUUGCUUCUAAUCAGCUGAAUCCUCUGUUUCUGACGUUUCAGAAGCCACCCACCGACAUACAGAUACAUAUACAUAUACAUAUACAUAUCUGUGUAUGUAUAGAGUCGUGUUUCGAGAUCAAGAGAUUUGAGUUUGUGUUGAGGAGAAGAUGAAGUUUGGAGAGACGUUCGCGGAAUAUCUGCAUGGAGAGGAGGAGUGGUUUCUGGAAAACUGUCGGCACGUUGAGUACAAGAAGCUGAAGAAGGUCCUGAAGAGGUGCAAAUCAUGUAACCAGGCGAAGUCCGAAUCCAGUGAUGAACAAAACCCUUCACUCUCUGGACUAUCAUGCCAAUGCCAAGCUUGCCCUUGGUGUGAUGAGAUGUUCUUCUCAGAGCUGAUGAAGGAAGCUUCGGACAUAGCGGGAUGCUUCAGGUCGAGAGUGAGACAUAUUCUCCAUCUUCACAUAGCCACCGGAAUGCAGAGAUACAUGCUGUGUUUCCGCAGAUGCUUCGCUGACCAUACUCAUACAUUACUCGAAGAGGGUCAGAUUUUGAUUCAUUACAUCACGAUGAACGCAAUUGCCAUCCGUAAGAUCCUCAAGAAGUACGACAAGGUGCAUAGCUCCGAGAACGGGAGAAAUUUCAAGACGAAGAUGCGGGCUGAGCGUAUAGAGCUGUUGCACUCACCCUGGCUCAUAGAACUCGGAGCCUUUUAUCUGAACUGUGGGCUCGACUCUGUGGAAAACGUCAACUCUUCGUGCGGCCGUGUCUCCUGUGAUCUGACCACGGAUCGACCCGUGAUGAAGCUGACGCUUCCGAACCCGAACUCAGUCGAGCUGGAGUUCGAUCUCACCUGCGCCAUCUGCCUCGAAAAGGUGUUCAAUCCGUACGCGUUGAAGUGCGGUCACAUCUUCUGCAAGGCGUGUACGUGUUCUGCUGCCUCUGUGAUGAUCUUCCAAGGCGUUAAAGCCGCUUCUUCUCAAUCCAAAUGCCCCAUUUGCAGAGAGGCUGGAGUUUACGCUGACGCCGUUCACAUGGUCGAGCUCCAUCUUCUCUUAAAGAUACGAUGUAAAGAGUAUUGGAAAGAGAGGACGGUGGCUGAACGUUCCGAGAUGGUGAAGCAGUCGAAGACGUUUUGGAACGAGCAGACCAAAUAUAUGAUUGGUUACUAAUAUUUAUUUAUUUACUUAUUUACUCCCCGUAAUUUGUUUUUUUUUUCCGGAUACGGUUUCGGAAUAAUUGUUUCCCUUAAUAAAAAUGUAACCGUAAUCAUAUUUUGGAUUACUUGUUAAAAAUGGGUGGAUCUCUUUCGUUGAA